AUGGAAUCGGACAUCGAAAAACUCGUCAAGACCUGCCCAAGAUGUGCAUCCGUGGCAAAGGAUCCGAUCAAGUCUGAACUACAUUCAUGGCCGAAACCACACUCGCCCUGGACUCGAGUUCAUGCUGAUUUCGCUGGACCGAUGGAAGAACGAUACUAUCUACUUAUCGUGGACGCCUAUUCCAAGUGGCCGGAAAUCGUCCAGAUGUCCUCGAUCUCCUCAACGACUACCAUCCAAGCAAUGAAGUGCAUCUUUGCCAAGUUUGGAAAUCCAGAGACGCUCGUCACGGACAACGGAACGCAGUUCACGUCGUUUCAGUUCACUUCAUUCUGCCGUUCCCGAGGAAUUUUGCACAUUCGCACGCCGCUAUUCCAUCCACAGAGCAAAAGACAAGCAGAACGCUUUGUGGACACCUUCAAAAGAGGACUUGCCAAGCUGAAGGGGGAGGAACCAACAGUGGGCGCACUACAGACGUUUCUGAUGGCAUAUCGUUCCACUUCUUGCCCGUCUACACCGGAUCAGCGUUCUCCUGCCGAAGCCUUCCUGGGACGCCGACUACGAACGGAACUCGAUCUAAUGUUACCUUUUAGAGAUCUCACAAACAGUACACGAAAUGUCAAAAUGGAAUCUCAGUUCAGUCGUCCAAAUGGAGCACGAUGCCGCGGCUUUGAGAUCAACGACGCGAUUUUUGCCAAGGAAUGUCGAGGACAGAAACCUACUUGGACUCCCGGUUUCAUCGCACGCCGUGUUGGAAACACAACCUACACUGUUCGCUGUGGAAACGAGUUAUGGACUCGGCACGUAAACCAGUUGCGACUCAUGAUCGGUACAACUGCGACUAACACUUUCUUGGAUAUGUUCGACCUAUCGCUACUCGACCCCGCGAGCAGGGUCAUGAUGCAACGCCGACUGCCGACUCGUCUCAACGACCGCAACGUCUUAGACGACCCCGUUUGCCGACUACAGGUGGACCCAUGA